ACGACCAUAUUUCGUUCGUGGCUGGUCCGUUCAUUCCAUUCAGCAAAACCAGCAGCGUGUUAUUCCUUGCAUACUCUUAAAAUCAGGAUGAUUGACGCAGUCGUGAACAAGCCAAACCGAAUCCUAGAGAGGCAGCAGGUGAUCCAGCACUCCCACAAGCCUGUUUACUACCGCCUGCCACGUUCGCGGCUGUAUCUUGGCACCUACUACAGCUUGUUCACCCUCGGCAUGUUUGGCACGACAUACGGCAUCUACUCUCUCGCAUUUGGCAAGCCCGCUGCUAACGAGUAAACCUAGAGAUUGCAAUGACAAGUUGAUUUUUUUCUAAUACGCUCACUCUGUGAGAUUGCCUGGGGCUGCAAUGCAUUCGAUAGAGCGAGGAAUGUUCGUGUAGGCUGGUCUCUGAGGUUAUACAUUUUACUACAGCACUUUGUCCUCUGCAUAUCUAUUUCAUCCGCUUAUCACCACGAUUCUUGAGUCUU